CAGGGCACUACAUUUACAUGUGGCUUGUAGAACCCACGCUUGGAAAUGCUGACAGCAGGCAUCAGGACAGCUGAGCCCCACUAGACAGCAAACUCAUGGCUCUGGAGGCUUCUUUCAACAUGACCAAUCCACAGCCCGCCACUGAAGGAGGAAUUUCCGAAGUGGAGAUCAUUUCUCAGCACAUAGAUGAAGACACCAAGAGCAUUCCUCCCGUGCAGCUGGUGAAUUUUGCCUAUCGAGACUUGCCCCUGGCUGCUGUCGACCUCUCCACGGCGGGCUCACAGCUCCUGUCAAAUCUGGAUGAAGAGUACCAAAGAGAAGGGUCUAACUGGCUGAAGCCGUGCUGUGGGAAGAGAGCAGCCCUGUGGCAGGUAUUAUUGCUCAGUGCGAGUCUCAACAGUUUCCUGGUAGCCUGUGUAAUAUUGGUGGUGAUUCUCCUGACUCUGGAACUGCUAAUAGAUAUAAAGCUUCUCCAGUUUUCCAGUGCAGUCCAGUUCGCCGGCAUCAUUCACUGGAUCAGUCUGGUGAUUCUCUCUGUGUUCUUCUCAGAGACUGUUCUGCGGAUUGUGGUGCUGGGCAUCUGGGAUUACAUUGAAAACAAAAUUGAGGUGUUUGAUGGGGCUGUAAUCAUCCUGUCCUUAGCCCCGAUGGUGGCAUCCACCGUGGCCAAUGGGCCCAGGAGUCCUUGGGACGCCGUCAGCCUUAUGAUCGUGCUCCGGAUCUGGCGGGUGAAGCGGGUCAUUGAUGCAUAUGUCCUGCCAGUGAAGGUGGAGAUGGAGAUGGUCAUCCAGCAGUACGAGAAGGCCAAGGUCAUCCAAGAAGAGCAGCUGGAGAGACUGACGCAGAUCUGUCAGGAGCAAGGGUUUGAGAUCCGCCAGCUGCGCGCGCACCUGGCGCAGCAGGACCUGGACCUGGCUGCAGAGCGGGAGGCGGCGCUGCAGGUCCCACACGUGCUCAGCCAGCCCCGCAGCCGCUACAAGGUGGUGGAGGCCCGACCGUGGGACGAGGAGACCGCGGCAGAGAGCGUCGUGGAGGAGCUGAGGCCCUCGCAAGAAGCCACCGUGAAAGACGACAUGAACAGCUACAUCAGUCAGUACUACAACGGGCCCAGCAGUGACAGUGGGGUCCCAGAACCAGCUGUGUGUGUGGUUACCACGGCUGCCAUAGACGUCCACCAGCCCAACAUCUCCUCAGACCUCUUCUCAGUCGACGUGCCCCUGAAACUCAGUGGCAACGGUACCUGUGCCAGUGCCACCUCAGAGAACACCUCUCGCUCCACACGAAGCUCAGUCACCCGGGCCCAGAGUGACAGCAGCCAGACACUGGGCUCCUCCACAGACUGCAGCACCGCCCGAGAGGAGCCGUCCUCUGAGCCUGGCCCCUCUCCCCUGCCACUGCUACCACCUCCCAAGCAGCAGACGGCAGAGGCCACAGUCCAGGACCUACUGUCCUCCCUGUCAGGGGAUCCCUGCCCAUCCCAGAGGGCCUUGGACCCAGCCCUUGCCCGGCCCAGUCCAGCAGGUUUGGCUCAGACCAGCCCUGAGCUGGCGCACAGGGUAAGUCUGUUCAACCAGAAGAACCAAGAGGGCCUCACUGUCUUUCAGAUCAAGCCUGUCAUCCACUUCCAGCCUGCAGCACCAGGGCUGGAGGAGAAAUUCAGAUCUUUGGAAUCCAAAGAACAAAAGUUGCACCGGGUUCCUGAGGCCUAGAGCCUGCAGGUUCCUUUCAUUGGGUGGGAGAAGGGGAGACAGCCAUCUCGAAGCUCUCUCGGGACCCCAGAGGCCACCAAAGGCCACACUUGGGGCCCAGGAUCCCGCCUGGCCUCCCUCAGGGUGCUGCUUGCCUCCAGGGAGGUGAUGCCAGGCCAGGAGGCCACACGCCUCAGACCUCAAAGCCCAGAGCUGGUGCCUCCUCUCACCCUGCUCAGGGGAGGGUGGUGCUCAUGGCUAGGCUGGUUUUUUCUUCUUUUCUUUUCUUUUUUUUAACCAUUUUUAUAAAACCCAGCCUGUGGCCCAGCUUCAGCAGGGUAGAGAGUGGGGGCCAGCUCAGCCUCUUCCGUUGCCUUCGUUCCCAACACCACCCCGGCCCCUUGGGCACAGCACUGUGAACAGGGGCUGUCCAGCCCCACCCCAGCCGUCUUUUCCAGGAGUCCUGUGCGGAGCAGACACUGUCACACAGAGACUGCCAUCUGAGCCUGUUUCAUCUCAUUUCGGUGUGAGCAUCUCUUUUCAAGACAAAUCUAGUUUUCACCUUCACAUAACAUGAAACAGCGGCUCUGGAGGGAGAGGGAGGGUCAUGGGGACUGCCAUUUUCCCACCUUGGCUUUAAUAAUAAAAACCAGCUGUAGUGAGA